ACGCAUCAUGCUACAAGUGUGUUUUAUAUUAACAACGUUAAUUACAGCGUAUGGAUAUGUGAACUUAGCCUUGAAUAAGCCAACAUGGCAAUCACAACAACAUAAUCCGGGAUACAGUACAUUUGACUCCAGUAAUGCAGUCGACGGUCUGAUGACUGAUCUCUCAGCCUUAGGAGGACAAUGCUCAAUAUCAGCUGAUGAAUAUAAAACUGCCACCUGGUGGGUUAAUUUGACAUCCAUCAGAAGCAUCCAUGAUAUUAGGAUAUAUUACAGAACAGGCAAUGUGGCAUGGGGAUGCAUUAAAACGGGAUACUAUGGAAAAAAUUGUUCCAUUUCCUGUUCCAGAAAUUGCAAGCAUUCCUACUGUCAAGCAAAUACCGGCGCCUGUCUACAAUGCAAAUCUGGAUUCCACGGUCAUCAAUGUGAACUGCAAUGUGAGGGUGGAAGAUAUGGUCAAGACUGUAAAGAGACAUGUGGAGCUUGUCUGGGAUAUAAACAAUGCCAUCACAUCAAUGGUUCUUGCCUUGAAGGAUGCGAUGCUGGAUAUGAGGGACAACUUUGUAAAACGAGUUGUUCUGCUAGAAAGUUCGGUUUUGACUGUCAAAAGAAUUGUAAUGAACACUGUAAAGUACCAUAUAAAUGUAACAAAGGGACAGGAGAAUGUGAGGAUGGUUGUCAGCCAGGCUGGGAGGGGCCUCGAUGCGAACAAGAUCAUUACACGACUGACAUCAUGAAUAUGACCACUGUAACAAACACCAAAGAAGUGGAUGGCUGGAUGGAAGCUUUAGAGAAAGGAAAUGACUGUAUGGUGCGAUUUUACGGAAUUCUUGCAGCUUUUUGUGUUAGUUUAACAGUAAUAAUAGUGUUGGCUGUUUAUAUCUGUAUUAAAAGGCGUCGAAAACAAAGGCAAGACAGAAAAUGUUUCAAAGAUAACUUUAAACCUGACACAGGAAGGAUGGGUUUGAAUAAUAUAUCUGCAAAAAUUACAGAGGAUAACAAAACAUAUGAAGAGCUUGGACAAAGAACGCUACCAUCAGAAUAUGAAAUAAUCCAAAAACUCUCCUAA